AUGGCGCGAACCAGAGGGGUCAAGUCUUCCUCUCCUUCAAGCCACAAGAAAAUCCCGCGAGAGGAGCCCGUUCCAGAUCCCACCUCUGAGCCUCCGCGGCCAAAAGCAGUUUCCCCUCCAUUGAAGCCCGCGCCGCCAAAGCCUCCGGCGAGGCGUUAUCUCACCAGGUCAAGGGGUCGACCACUGCAAAAGAGAGCCAGGGUUGAAAGCUCAGAACCCAUUGAUUUGACGGAGCAGUCCCCAGAACCCUCGUCGGUUCCAUCGCUAGUUCCAUCUCCGGUGCCAUCUCUGGCGCCGCCAGCAGAGCCUCAGGAGCCUCAGCCACCACUUCCUGAGCCCCAAAAUCCAUCUGAGAUAACCCCUGAAGCAGCAAUCAGGCGGCCAAUGCUGACUCAACCUCCAAUUGAGGGGAAUUUGGACUGUAGAGCUCGGCCAUUCCACUCAGAGCUGUGCUUUGACAUAGCUACAUUCCAAUUGCGGCCGGAGCUUGCACAAGCUCCACCAGUUACUCCAGCUUCAUCUCAGCCAUCCACUUCAACUGAACCAAGGAUGACCAUUCCCAUUUCUGAAUACAGAGAGUUAUGUCGUUCAUUGGAGACCCUCACAGCAUCUCAGAGCAGCCUUGCUCAUGAGAUGGCAGCCAUUCGACUCCAGCAUCAUUUUGAUCUGCCACCAGCUGCUAAGCCCUCCACCUCCACCACUGCAGUGCCACACUCUCAUCCAACAGAGCCUCAAGCCCCAUCUGGAGCAGCUACUGAAGAGGUAGACCCAUCUGCCUAG